CACGAAGGUUAAAUCCGGAAGGCCAGGUCUGUCUGUGCUACAAGGCUACAACCCGCUACAACUACAAGGCACGUAAGGCAGUGCUAUAGAUAGAUAGAGAGAUCGAUAGAAGACUGAGCUGAACUGGUUGCCUGAGGGUACGGUCCUUGUCCUCCUGAACUGAAUUCUUGGAAACCCGAAGUACUGAGAACGAAAAUGUACUGAGCAGUCUCAAGAGCUGUCCCAGGUGCAUCUUUGUUGAUGUACAGUAACUCUUGUACCGGUGCUUCCCAGUAACAAUCAAAACUUGUCAAAGUGCCAGCACUCAUAGUCGCUGUUUCGUUUCAGCCAUCCACUACCUUAACCCACAGAAAUGGUGAGUUUACGGUCCCCAAGUGCCGUCUCGGUACUUCUCAGACUGGCCAGGCAGCAUUCAAAUGAUAUCCACUUCCAGUACCGUGCCUUACAGAACAUGGCAUCGCUUUCUAAUUCUAGAGGGCGGGGUAAAAAUUCCUACAGUCGUGGCGCCCACCCAAAGAUAGCCGCAGCUGCUGCACGAAAGGUCACAGCUAGCUCCCCUUCGUCUGUUUCUUCCCCGCAAGUUGUUGUCCUUUCAUCCCUCGCCAUGUCAACGUCAUCGAAGCAAGUUGUGGCGACUUUGAGCCAUCGACAGUCGCAGAGGGAUAGGAUGUUGAGAAGCAACACAGGAGGAGUUUUUUCUCAGCAUCUACGCAGCAACGGUACUGGCCGACCUUUCUCCACUCUGUCACACGGCAGCCGGCAGCAGAAGCAUGAGGCUGGUGUGACUUCCCCUCUACCUCAGGUAGAAACCCCGACAGGAGAUGAAUACAUCUCUGAGCUUUGCAACAACCAGAAGGCUUUCAAGGGUCUAGAGACAGAUUUCCCUUGCCUGACUAGAGUCAAAACCUCUGGACCAGAGCCAGAGUAUGACAACAUCACCAAGGGAUACAAGCUUUUCAGCUCGGAGCAGCCCUUCUCCCUGAGCCUCAACGAGGGCAAACUGCCGCGGCUCGACGUGGCUUAUGAGACCUGGGGCGAGCUCAACGAGGACCGCAGCAACGCCGUGGUGAUCCUGGCGGGCCUCUCUGCCAGCUCGCACGCUCGCAGCUCCGUGGACAACAUGCGUCCGGGCUGGUGGGAGAAGUUUGUGGGCCCUGGCUGUGCCGUGGACACCAACAAAUUCUUUGUUAUCUGCCCCAACAACCUUGGUGGAUGCUACGGCACUUCGGGACCCUCUUCCAUUAAUGUGUUGACAGGAAAGCCAUAUGGCACAACGUUCCCCAUCAUCGGUGUGGUAGACAUGGUCAAUGCCAUUUUCAUGCUGCUCGACCACCUGGGCAUUGAUAAGCUUUACGGUUCCGUUGGGUCAUCUCUUGGAGGAAUGCUGUCUGUGCAGUCUGCUGUCUCCUAUCCUGAAAGAGUUGGCAGGCUAAUCACCAUCUCCUCGUGCGCCCAGUCACACCCAUCCUCCAUCGCCAUGCGUUACCUACAGCGUAAGUGCAUCAUGUGCGACCCCAACUGGAACAAGGGCCACUACUAUGACGGACCUUACCCGAAAGUUGGGAUGAAACUGGCUCGGGAGAUUGCGACCAUCACCUAUCGCAGCGGCCCCGAGUGGAACGAGAGGUUCGGCCGAGAGAGGAUCAGCAGCGAUCCACCCUCCCUGUGCCCCACGUUUCUCAUCGAGUCCUACCUGGAGCACCAGGGAGAGAGCUUCAGCACAAAGUACGACCCGAACUCGCUGCUCUACAUGUCAAAGGCAAUGGACAUGUUUGAUAUAGGGGAGAACUACGGCUCUCUGGAGGAAGGUCUCGCCAACGUCGCCUGCCCGGUCAUGGUCAUCGGUGUUCAGACGGACAUCCUGUUCCCAAUCUGGCAGCAACGACAUCUGGCUGAGGCGCUUCAAGCUGCAGGCAAUGAACAGGUGACAUUCUAUGAGCUCAACUCUAUGUAUGGACAUGACACCUUCCUCCUGGACCUCAAUGGUGUGGGGGCAGCAGUCAAGGGAUUCCUGGAAACGGAGCAGAGAGAAACUGGUUGGCUUACAAAGCACAAACUCCGACACCAGGAACGCAAAUCAUUCUAAAAACGUCUAGAGACUCAAAUGUUUGUCAAAUCCACUUUCCAUCAAAGAAAGUCUUUUGAUUAGAUGCAAUGAUGAGGAUUGUCACCUAGGGCUGAGUUGAAAAAGUUCCAAAAUUUUUUCAAGGUGAUUUUAUUUCACCGACAGGAACUUGACGGUAUGAAAAUUAAGAAGCCUAUUGACUAUUGUAUAGAGCCUUCCAUUCCAUUCACCAGGAAGACCUUUGUCACCUUUGAGGUCCUUGACAAUGAGAUACUCUAAAAUAUAUAUUUUAAAAACUUUUGCUGAGAUAUGAUGCUCACAAUGUACCCAAAACAACAUGUUUUACAUUUUUAUAGUAAAUGAAUUGAAAAGUUGUAUAUAUUCGAUGAGUAAUUUUUUUCCCCCACUUUUUGAUAAAUUGAUAUACCUCAAGUCUAUCAAAUGAAGAAGAAAUUUGUGCAGUACCGGCACAUGUCUUUGAGAGGCAGCUUUCACAGUAUCUCUUUUAGAAAUAUCUUUUUGCCUAUGACUCUGUGUUUUUCUCUCCAGUAAGAAAAAAAAAAGAAAAGAA